ACGUCAUAAGUCAGCUUUGGGCGCUGUUGUUCCCCAGACCGCCAUGAGCAAGCGGAAUCAGGUGUCGUACGUGCGGCCUGCCGAGCCGGCGUUCUUGGCCCGCUUCAAGGAGCGGGUGGGCUACAGGGAAGGGCCCACCGUAGAGACCAAGAAAAUCCAGCCUCAGCUCCCAGAAGAAGAUGGUGAUCACAGCGACAAAGAAGAUGAACAGCCCCAAGUAGUGGUUUUAAAAAAAGGAGACUUGUCAGUUGAAGAAGUCAUGAAAAUCAAAGCAGAGAUAAAGGCAGCCAAAGCGGAUGAAGAACCAGCACCAGCUGAUGGAAGGAUCAUGUAUCGAAAACCUGUCAAGCGUCCCUCUGAUGAAAAAUAUUCAGGUUUAACAGCAAGUUCAAAAAAGAAGAAGACAAAUGAAGAUGAAAUAAAUAAGCAGGACUCAGUUAAAAAGAACUCAAAAAAGCAAAUCAAAAAUAGUAGCCUCCUUUCUUCUGGCAACGAAGAUGAAAAUGAAUAAUUGUACAUAUUUUGGACUUAGUCUCCUUUGAGAGUUUAUGGGAUUUUUUUUAAGAUAACAUUUUUUUCCUAUUAUAAAACUGUUGAUCUCGCGUCAAUACUCAGACGCAAGAUGCCAACCAUACAGAAAUUAACUAUUAUAAAUAUUUUGUUAUUUCCCGUGUAUGGGUAUGUAUGUAUGUAAAUUAUAUAUUUUUUAAAACAAAAUUAAGAUUAUAUAUGCCCUGUGACCAGCUUCUCACUUAACAUUACAAGCAUUUUCCGAGGUCAGUAAAAUCCAAAAACCUGACAUGAUUAAGUGGAUCACCCCUUGCAUCUUCCUCAUUAGCAGAACCCCACUUUAGGUGGGAAGAAUGAUACCUCCACAGCUCCUGACGGGUGAUCAUGUGACUCAGCUUUGGGCAGUUAAGAGAUACAAGCUGACAAAAACCAGUGGUGUUCUGAUGUAAAGGGGCAGACUUGGCGAGCGUGAACUUCUGUCCUCCUCUCAUCCUGCCUGGAGCACGGAUGGGAAACCUAGGAGUGCCAGAGCCAUCUUCAGGUGUAAGGAAGGCAGCAGCUUGGUCUGGCUGGUACAGUGGAAAGGUGUGGAGCGAGGGUCCCUGGUGGCAUGCCUCGUGGGGCUGCUGCACCAGCUGUGACCCCUGGACCUCUUGAUACAUGAGCACAGUCAUCAUCCUGCUCACUUAAGCCUCUGUCAGGUUUCUGUUACAUGUAGCCAAAUGCAGUCCUAACUGAUACUGUAAAUAACUGCAAUAAAACAGUUCAGAAAGGCUUUUUCAGAAAUCUGUGGGUACAUUUCUGAUGAUUUCCUUAGAAUAAAUUGCCAGACGCAGAAUUAUUGGGUCAAAGCAUUUGAAUAGUUUUAAAGCUAUUGAUGCUUACUGUCAAAUUGUUUUCUAGAGAGGUUACCUAAAAUUUAUUUCUUACCAUGAGAUGGUAAGAAAUACCCGUUUCACCUCAACCAUGAUAACCGCACCAGCCUUGGACUGGCGCCAACCUUUUAAUUUUUAUCAAUUUGAUGUACUGAAAAUGGUACUUAAUGGUUCAAUUUAAUUGGCAUUUUCUUUGCUCUGCCAGGGAUGCUAAACUUUUUCAUACAUUCAUAGACUAUCUUGUGUUUUUUUUCAAUUAACUUUCUGUUCAUUUUCCACUAGUAUAGUCAUAUUUUUCUUACUAAUUUGUAAAUUAUCUAAUCUAGCAAUCUUUUGCUCUAUUUUUGUUGUUCUGUUUCUCAAUCUCUAUUAAAUAAAUAAUUAUAUUCUCUUG